AUGAUUUCUAAUUUAGCGAUACCGUUGUUGAUCUUCCACGUAUGGGUACAACCGUAUAAACGAGGGUUCUACUGCGACGAUGAAACCAUUCGCUAUCCCUAUCGAAGCUCAACCGUUUCUAGACAAAUGCUAAUAGUAAUUGGACUGCUCGUACCAACACUUCUGAUUAUCGCCACAGAAAUUUUCCGAACGAUGGCAUGGGAGAGGAAAUGUGAGUCGCAGUUCAAAACGUAUCAUCUGAAGCAAUACUCUGUUCACCGCCUCGUUGUUCGUCUGUACUGCUUCAUCGGAUACUUUUUCCUUGGCGUUUGCUUCAAUCAGCUGAUGGUGGACAUCGCAAAAUACACUAUCGGACGUCAGAGACCACAUUUCAUGGAUGUUUGUCGUCCGAACGUGGGUUACGAAACGUGUACAAAUCCCGAUGUUUAUAUUACCAACUUUACUUGCACGGGAGGGGAUGAGAAGCUGAUUCAUGAGUCCCAGCUGUCAUUCUACUCGGGUCACUCAGCUUUCAGUUUCUAUGGAGCGUGGUUCACAUCGCUUUACCUCCAAGCUCGUCUCUAUCGUCCAUUGUUCUCUCGGCUGCUACUACCAGUUAUCCAGUUCUCGUUGUUUGGAGGGGCAUCGUACGUCGCUCUCACUCGAGUUUCCGAUUACAAACACCAUUGGUCGGAUGUUCUUGUUGGCGCAAUCAUUGGAAGUGCAAUAGGGAUUUUCGUGGCACUAUAUGUAGCUGAAGUAUUCAAGAGGCGUGAAAUUCCUGCCUGUAUACUGGGGUCAAACGAAUUUGGAUUGAUAAGGUUCGUUUAG